CGUCGCGGAGGCGGAGCUCCGGCCGCGCUAUUUCCGGAGGCGCGCUGCUCGGUGCUCGGGACUGCAGCCGCCCGACUGCGGCGUGGACGCCAUGGUGCUGUGCCCGGUGAUCGGGAAGCUGCUGCACAAACGCGUGGUGCUGGCCAGCGCCUCUCCACGCCGCCGGGAGAUCCUCAGCAACGCGGGUCUGCGGUUUGAGGUGGUCCCCUCCAGGUUCAAAGAGACGCUGGACAAAGCCGCCUUCGCCACGCCGUACGGGUACGCCAUGGAGACGGCCAAGCAGAAGGCUCUGGAAGUGGCCAACCGCCUGCACCAGAAAGAUAUGCGAGCCCCAGACGUGGUCAUCGGAGCGGACACGAUCGUGACCAUGGGGCGGCUGAUCCUGGAGAAGCCGGUGGACAAGCAGGACGCCUACAGGAUGCUGUCACAGUUGAGUGGCAGAGAACACAGCGUGUUCACAGGCGUGGCCAUCGUCCAGUGCUACAGCCAAGACAACCAGCUGGACACCAGGGUCUCGGAAUUCUAUGAGGAAACGAUGGUGAAGUUCUCGGAGCUGUCGGCGGACCUGCUGUGGGAAUACAUCCACAGCGGGGAGCCCAUGGACAAGGCGGGCGGCUACGGGAUCCAGGCUCUCGGCGGGAUGCUGGUGGAGGCGGUGCACGGCGACUUCCUGAAUGUCGUGGGCUUCCCGCUGAACCGCUUCUGCAAGCAGCUGAUGCAGCUGUACUGCCCGCCCCGGCCCGACGACCCGCGGCGCGCCGAGCACGACUCCAUCCCGGCCGUGGACACCUUCGAAGACCUCAGCGACGUGGACGAGGGCGGCCCAGAGCCCGCUCGGGGGGACGCCGGCAGCCGCCCACAGAAAGCCGAGGCUGGAGUGGCCGGAGCGGCCCCAGCGGAGGCUGAGGGGAACGGGACCCCCGAGACCCUGCCUCCGUUCCCCACACGCCUCCUGAAACUCAUCAAUGGCUUCAAAACGUCGAAGGCCCUGUUCACCGCCUGCAAGCUGAAGGUGUUCGAUCUGUUAAAAGACGGAGCUCCCCAGAAGGCCGCGGACAUUGCCCCCAAAGUGGAUGCCUCUGUGUGCGGCACGGAGAGGCUUCUGGACGCCUGCGCAGCCCUGCGGCUCCUGGAGAAGUCAGAGCAAGGGUACAGUAACACAGAGGCAGCAGACGUCUACCUGGCGUCGGACGGUGCCUACUCUCUGCACGGCUAUGUCGCGUACAGCAGCGAGGUCACCUGGAACCUCUUUACGCACCUGGAGGUCGCCGUCCGAGACGGAACCAACCAGAACGUCAGCCUGCUGGGAGAGACGGCGGGAGAUGUAUUCCAGGACGUGCUCUACCGGAGCCCCGAGGCGCGGCUGCAGUUCAUGCGAGCCAUGCACGGCCUGACCAAGCUGUCUGCGCGGCACGUGCCCGCCGCCUUCGACCUGUCUGGCUUCUCCUCCGCCUGCGACGUGGGAGGCUGCACGGGCGCGCUGGCCCAGGAGCUGGCCCGGGAGUACCCGCGUCUGCAGGUGACCGUGUUCGACCUCCCCGAAGUCAUCGAGCUGGCCGCACACUUCCGCCCCGCCGGGCCGCAGGCGGCUCAGAUCCGAUUCGCCGCCGGUGACUUUUUCCGGGACCCCCUCCCCCCCGCAGACCUGUACGUGCUCUGCCAGAUCCUGCACGACUGGGCGGAUGAGAAGGUCCACCAGAUACUCGGCAGCAUCGCCCAGAGGUGCAAGCCAGGGGCCGGCCUGCUGCUGGUGGAGAUGCUCCUGGACGAGGAGAAGAGGGAGGCGCGGGUCGGCCUGAUGCAGUCGCUGAACAUGCUGGUGCAGACGGGGGGCCGGGAGCGGAGCCCGAGCGAGUAUCGGCGCUUGCUGGAGCCACACGGCUUCCGCCAGGUGCAGGUGGCACACCUGCGCGGCAUCCUGGAUGCCAUGCUGGCCACCAGAGUGGCUCCCUGAGGCCCAGGCAGCGUGCUCAUGAUAGGGCCACCCUCCUGCAGGCUGCAGGGGCCGCGCCAUGCCCGGCCGCCCCAGCAAAGCCCCACAGGAACGUGCCGUCUUGGUGAAUAAAGAAGGUGAAAGCGUG